AAAAAUAAAUGACAAAUGACUUCUUCCAUAACUUUGCAACCGUGAAGUAUGAUUUAUAUUAUGUAGCAUUUUCCAGUGUCGAUAGUCACUGUUGUUCAUGUAUUUUUUAAAAUAGUGUAUAAACCUUAACAGUUAUAAGUUGAAGAAGUAUUAAAAUGGCAAAUGCAGAUUUUAGAAAGGAUGUGACUAUGCCUGUCCGACCCAGAAGUGUCUAUACAGCGCACUCCUACAAUCAGGAGGAGUCGAACUUGUCCGCCUUCCAAGACUACAGCAAGUUUCUCGAGGGUGGUCUCGGCCAAGCUGAGCUCGUGGGCGCUACAGGAUGGCAGCCGCCAUGGCGCGCGCCCCUCCAGCGCAAAGCCCCUUUCUACCCAGGGGAUGACAUCUAUCAUGCUGAUACCUGGCGGGAGCUGGAGAUGACGGAUGUGGUGGGAGGUGCCGGAUAUAAUGCCUCGGUGACUCCUCACGGCACGGUCUGCCUUCGCCUGAGGGAUCGAGUCAAGGUUGACAUGACAAUUGACGGUGCAGUGCGCGUUACCAACGCGAAGAACAAUAUAAUCCUGGCGCUGUCGAGGUCUGGCGCGGCCGCGGCGCUCAUCCACCCCAACGGACGCGUCUACCAUUACGGAUCGCGAGUCGAGAUUCAGGCCCGUCACCAGCAGGGCAAUAACAAAUACGCGAAAAUGUGGUACAAGGGGGUGUCGUUCACCGCGGAGCAGUGCGCGCUGGUGUACCUGGUGGACGCCGCGGGCACGCGCACCACCACCGACACCUUUCUCGACAUGAGCCAGGACUUCACGCUCAACGUAUUCUAUAACGAGUCUCGCCACGGUCCGUCGUAUGUGAACGAAGCGCUGUCGCUGCUGCAGGCGGCGCAGUAUUGGCUUACCGAUGACGGCAUUGACAACUGGAUAAUCAACAACGUUCGCGUCAGCCAAACUGCUGAUGGACUGGUCAGGAUCCAUCGGUGCAGCCACAAGUACCAGCUUCGCACGAGCCCCAGCAACGGCUCCGCGUCCAUCACGAGCCCCUUCCUACACUGCACCGCGUCGCUCGGCCAGACCCAACACCUGUUCGUACGACGUGGCGAAAGGCGGAUGCACUUCGACGGCAACUCAUUCAUAGUUCGCAACGCCGGCCACUCCGCCGGCUUCGACGACAAGAAUCAACUGAAAGUGUACUGAAGUUCCCACCCCCACACCAACAAUAGCAAUAUAAUAUAGUUAACAACUGCGACUCUAAAGCUGAACCAUCGUAUUGGUAGUUUGGUACUUGAUCACCGUCGAAUGUUGUAUAGAACGUUAUAGACCAUUCCGUAAUUUGUCAUUGUAUGUAGUGCCAUUUUAUAAACACUGCCAAUGUUGCCUCUAUAUUCUCUUUUCACUCUAGAUUUGUACGAAACACGUGGACAAGUCGUACUUAAAGUUGACGGUGUAACUGCUUUUCUUUUUUAUCGAUGCCAGUGUGUAAAGCUUGUCAAAGUUUUUGAGAUUUUUAAUUUCUAUCGCCCACAUGUUUAUAGCUGCCAAGCUGCUGUUUUUUAUUUGCUGAACUUCGACUAGCGCCCGCGGUGUCAUAGUGAUUAAGAUUACAGUUUCAUGAUUAAGUGUUAGAUCAUCAAAGUGCCAUAUUGUUAUGCCGUAACACAUUGAGCAUUUUGUAAUUCAUUUUUUUAUAGUUUUAACAGAUUUACAAUAGUUACAACAGACCAAAGCAGUGUUAAUCUUCAACUGUUUAUAUUUUCAUAUACAUCAUUAAGAUGCAAUAUUUUUUUGUAAUACAUAUUAUUUAUCUAUUUAAGAACUUAUGCGUUGUUUAAGAAACAAUAACAAUCCGAUUUAUGGGUAAACAUCAAAUAGAAAAUAAAUCAGAUUGUUGAACUAGAUUACAUAUUUUCAACGCAAAGAGUUACCUAGGUAUCAACGGUUGCGUCAACGGUGAAUAUGAAUUCAUUCAAUGAACAUAGUUUUCUGCAACUUCAGUAGGUUUUAUUAUUUAUUAUCGCUUUUUGAAGAUAUUAAUAGUAUAAUGAAAUGACGUCUAGUCGAGUCUUAGCUUGGCAGUGAUGAUAAAAACGUUCAGUUUUUUAUAAUCUUUUUGGAAUUUGCGACUUGUCCUCAUUUGUUUCUUUGUGUAUAAAAGUUCAAGUAAUACGUUAUUAUGAAGUAAUAAAGCAAUGCCUGCUUUGAAAUUG